CCGCCACUGCCCUUAUAAAGUCAGCAACCACCGGACUUCCUGCCGGAGCCCAAGCCCCUUCCUAGGGACCGUGGGGCUGGCAGGCUCCGAGGCGCGCGUAGUGCUGGGCGCCAAGAAAGUAAGAGAGGGGCGCGCGAGGGCGCCUCAGGGCCUGCGCAGGGUCUCUCUCCACGUGGCAGUUGUUGGAUUGGCCCAUGAGACCGUAGGGACACGGGUCGCCUGGUGUGGAAAGGGGGAGGACUUUCCUCUGGCCCCAGAGAGGAGUGGACUGAGCCGGGCAAAAGAAUGGGGGCGGUGGGGUCUUCCCUGUCCUCCUCCUGGCUGCUUCUGGGGGUCCUCCCGGACACAAGAGGCUGACAUGGACCAGCAGUGGCAUCAGAGUAAAGAUUAGUGGCAUUAAUGACCUUUGGAGACUUGGAGAAGUUCGGGAUUCCCCCCCCCCGCCCCCAAGAGCGGGCUCCGCGCGCCCUGGCCUGGGUGGGAAAGCCCGGCCACGCGCCAGGAAGCUUCUGCGCGCAGACAGGACCUUUCUUGUUUCCGAUAGUGGCCCGGCAGGAGCCCAGCGCCGCGUGCGCCCUUGGCACUCCCAGAGCGCAGGGAGCCAGCUCAGCCGCACCAGCUGGGAAGUCCAGGGCGCUGUGGGACCUCCAUGAAGACUCCAUCGCGGGUUGGCCCCAGGGCUCUCAGUAGCCAACAUGAUGCGGUACCCUUCCCAGGGGCCGCUGGGAGGUCCUUCGCUCAGUGCUCUCUUUCUUUGCAGUAUCUCGGCCAGCAUGGCCCCCACGCUGAAGCAGGCUUAUAACAGGCGCUGGUGGAUGGCCUGCACUGCUGUGCUGGAGAACCUCUUCUUCUCUGCGGUGCUCCUGGGCUGGGGCUCCCUGCUGAUCAUGCUCAAGAAAGAGGGCUUCUAUUCCAGCUUGUGCCCAGCUAAGAACAGGACCAAUACCACCCAGGAUGGGCAACACCAGUGGCCAAGCUGUGACCAGCAGGACAAUAUGCUCAAUCUGGGCUUCACCAUUGGAUCCUUUCUGCUCAGUGCCACCACCCUGCCUCUGGGGAUCCUCAUGGACCGCUUUGGUCCCCGGCCACUGCGGCUGGUUGGCAGUGCCUGCUUUGCUGCAUCCUGCACCCUCAUAGCCUUGGCCUCUCGGGACACUGAAGUUCUGUCUCCAUUGAUAUUCCUGGCACUGUCCCUGAAUGGGUUUGCUGGCAUCUGCUUGACGUUCACUUCACUCACUCUGCCCAACAUGUUCGGGAACCUGCGAUCCACAUUCAUGGCCCUCAUGAUUGGCUCCUAUGCCUCUUCUGCCAUCACGUUCCCAGGAAUCAAGCUGAUCUAUGACGCUGGUGUGCCCUUCAUGGUCAUCAUGUUCACCUGGUCUGGCCUGGCUUGCCUUAUCUUUCUGAACUGUGCCCUCAACUGGCCCACAGAAGCCUUUCCUGCCCCCGAGGAAGUCAACUACACCAGGAAGAAGAUCAAGCUUAUCGGGCUGGCCUUGGACCACAAGGUCACAGGUGACCGCUUUUAUACCCACGUGACCAAUGUAGGCCAGCGGCUGAGCCAGAAAGCCCCCAGCCUGGAGGAGGGGGCUGACACCUUCAUCUCAUCUCAAGAUGUUCGUGGCACAUCAGAAAAUCUUCCUGAGAAGUCUGUCCCCUUCCGCAAGAGCCUCUGUUCCCCCAUUUUCCUGUGGAGUCUCCUCACUAUGGGCAUGACCCAGUUGCGGGUUAUCUUCUACAUGGCCGCCAUGAACAAGAUGCUGGAGUACCUCAUCACACGAGGCCAGAAGCACGAGACGAAUGAGCUGAGACAAAAGGUGGCAGAGACAGUCGGGUUCUACUCCUCCAUCUUUGGGGCUAUGCAGUUGCUGUGCCUUCUUACCUGCCCCCUCAUCGGCUACAUCAUGGACUGGCGGAUCAAGGACUGCGUAGACACCCCGACUGAGGGGACUGCCCUUGGAGAUGCCAGGGAUGGGGCUGCCACCAAGCCUACUAGACCACGCUACCUCAAGAUCCAGAAGCUCACUAACGCCAUCAACGCCUUCACCCUGACCAACUUUCUGCUCAUGGGUUUUGGUAUCACCUGCCUCAUCAACAACUUGCACCUCCAGUUGGUAACCUUUGUCCUGCACACCAUGGUGCGAGGUUUCUUCCACUCAGCCUGUGGAGGGCUCUAUGCUGCAGUGUUCCCAUCCAACCACUUUGGGACACUGACGGGCCUGCAGUCCCUCAUCAGCGCUGUGGUUGCUCUGCUCCAGCAGCCACUCUUCAUGGCCAUGGUGGGACCCCUGCAGGGAGAGCCCUUCUGGGUGAACAUGGGCCUCCUGUUACUUUCACUUCUGGGAUUCCUGCUACCUUCCUACCUCUUUUACUACCGUGCCCGGCUCCAGAGGGAGUUCGCCAACAACUGGCCAGGCCCACAGAAGGUGCUCAGUGGCCCCAAGAUGGCUACAUAGACUCCUGAGACUAAAGGAACUAGAUGACAGGCAACCAAUGCCAGAGCAACCAAAGGGAAUGCCCCAGAUGGCUUUCUACCUGUAACGUGUGCAGAGCCAGGGGCCAUGCAUUUAUAAAUACUAAGAGGAGUUCUAUUUUUGUAGGGACUUGCAAAAAGAAAAAAAAGUACUCUUUUAAAAAAAUCCCCCAAAAGCAACCCUCCAUUGACUGAGGACAGCGACUGUGCUAGCAGGAUUGAUCCUCCUUCCUUGGAUUGGAGGAGACCAGGGGGCAGAGCUGCCCUUUCUUUAGGCCUUUGUCCCAGAGGUCUCACGGAACUGCCUUCUGGUGCCUCCAAAGGGCUGGUCACCGGACCAGGUUACCCUGAGGUUCUAGCUGCCAAGAGUGUGUGGUGCUUGCAUGCAUACGUGUGUGUGUGUGUGUGUGUGUGUGUGUGUGUGUGUGUGAGACAACCUUCCCCUCAGAAGGAAGGGGCUGGUGCUGGCAGUGUCCUGGAUGGGGUGUGUGGGAGGGUUCAAGUCCCUUGGAGGGAGUGAAGCCCCUUCUAGAGGUUGGAAGGUGGGUUUCUGCACUCCUGCUGCCAUUU